AUGGUUAAAUCAUUGUCAUUGGUCGAUUCAGCAAAGGAUAAUGCCUACACAUUUAACUUUAUAAUUGAAUCGCCCAAUCAUGAAAAAGUCUCCAACUAUGAAAUGGAACUGAUGAACCUCGACCAAGAACAUUUGGGCACUCCGGAAACAGAUUACUCCUGUGUUGUACGCAUGCAUUCAAUGGAAUUUGCACGCUUCCGAGAAUUGGCGCAAUUCUGUGAAUCUAUGGUUAUCUGUUGUACCAAGGGAGGUGUAAAAUUUUCGGCAUUUGGUGAUGUUGGUUCGGUAAAUGUUAAUUUGGCACAAAAUUCAAGUGUGGACAAAGAUGAUGAGGCAGUCAUUAUUAAAAUGCAAGAGCCUACCCUAACAUUCGCCUGUCGUUACCUAAGUCCUUUGUGUGGACAAAUACAGUUGUCCAUGUCGGCCGAUGUACAAUUGGUGGUGGAGUACCGUAUACAAGAUUUGGGCCAUUUACGUUAUUAUUUGGCGCUUAAAACUGAACACGACGAAAGUUAA